UCUUAUCUACAAAGAGACCAGGAAAAUAAACUUUACAAAAUGCUACCAAUAUUCUGUAAAAUAUUUGGAAAUGUUGCUGCAAGCUCAAUGACAGAGAAGUUUGGAGAUAUUCUACAAUUUUGCUCUCAUGUAUCAAAGUUGAUGGUAACAGAGGUUAGGAGGAGAGCUUCAAACCAAUCCACAGAGGAAGCAAGCUGUGCUAUUGUAAAGUUCCUUGAGAUAGAAUCAACGGAGGAAUCAAGUGCUGGCUGGAUGUUACUAACUACCAUUAACUUACUGUCUAUGGGUAACCAGGCACUGAUUGACUGUAUGACAGCAGCUUCCCUUCCCUCAACACUCGUUAAAUGUCUUUACUUAUUCUUUGAUUUACCUGAGUUAAAGGAGCUAGAUGAAUUAGAACAGGGCUGUGAAUUUACACCAAGAGAAAGACGGGUCCUUUUACAGAAGAUGUUUGUACAGGUGUUAGUACGACUAUGUAACCACACAUCACCAGCAGAGGAGUUGGCCAGAAAGGAUGAUCUUAGUUUAUUAUUUAGUGCAAUAACCAGCUGGUGUCCCCCUCAUAAUGUUGUCUGGAGGAAAAGUGCUGGUGAGGUGCUGGUUACCUUAUCCAGACAUGGUCUCACUAAUGGAGUCACUAAAUAUAUACAUGAUAAAGGUUGUGUGAGACAUUGUGUGGAGAACAUGCAGAGAGCUCAGGAUUUAUCACCACUAGAUCUAGUAGAAAUGUUUGUAACAGUGUUCUGUUUCCUGAAGGAUUCUAGUGAGGUGUCACAUACACUUCUAGAUGACUUUAAAUCCUGCCAGGGUUACACUUACCUCUCUGAGUUUAUCUUAAGAUUAGAGUUAGAUACCAGUGAGGAGGCUGUCCAGGCCUUGCGCAAUCUAUUACUGUUGGUUGGGUCUCUCACCACCUGUGGCUACACAGAGAUCAAACCCAGCACUGCAAGCUCCGGUUCUAUAUACCAGAUACCAGGUUUCUCUCUGCCACAACCAGCUGGUAAAGGUGUCAGUGUAAGAAAUAUCCAGGCAUUUCAAGUACUUCAGAAUGUGUUCUUGAAGGCUCAGUCAAGUGCUCUAUGUAAUACAAUAUUAGAUGUAAUGAGCAGUAUAUACCAUCAAGAUAAUGCCAACUAUUUUAUAUUAGAACCACAGCAUACUCUCUCACAGUUUGCUGAGAAAAUUCACCUGAAAUCUCUUGAUGUACAGGAGAAAUUCUUUGAGUUGUUAGAAUUCAUAGUCUUCAAUAUAAACUUUGUGCCAUGUAAAGAACUGAUAAGCUUAAGUCUGAUCCUGAAAACACAACACUCAGUGCCAAAUAGCAUUCUAUGUAUAAAGAGUUUACAGAAGAUUCUACAAUACCAUGCUGUGUUUAAAGAUGUAUACAGGGAGGUUGGUAUGUUAGAGGUGCUCAUUACAUGUCUACACAGAUUUGCUGCUUUAUUGAAGGACCCUCAUGCAGAUGGAGAUACUACCAGAAUGACAGCAGAACAAAGAGAACUGGGAUUUUUAGUGAUGGAAGUUUUAGCUACGUUGCUUAGCAACAGUAAUCAAAACACAAAUGUGUUUAGAGAAUGUGGAGGUGCAAGAUGUGCUCACAACAUGGUACCAUUUGUUGAAUGUCGACAACAAGCAUUAAGUAUAGUACAACAGCUUGUUCUGUCACCAGGGGGAGAUGAUGACAUGGGCACACUACUUGGUCUUAUGAACACAGCAGAGGUUACAAACCUUGAACUCAAAACUGCAAUAUUAAAAUCAUUAUUGAAUGUAUUACGAGAGAGUCAUAGAACACGUACAGUAUUCAGGAAGGUUGGAGGAUUUGUCUAUGUUAUGUCUGUACUUGUUAUAAUGGAAGGUUGUCUAGCUCAUCCACCCAAACAACCAUGGGACAAAGUGAGCCGUUAUGAGGUAUUGACGAUGUUAAAGACUGUGUUCAGCUCUCUCACUGUUGCAAUGAGAUAUGAGCCUGCUAAUGCCAAAUUCUUUGCCACAGAUGUUAGAUAUGAUAGUUUGACAGAAGCUGUAAGAUUGUUGGGUUGUUUCUCAUCUACCCCAGAUAUAACAGCACUAGAUGAUGAUACUGACUGCUCCUCUCUCACUGAAGGUUACCAGGCAUUUGAAGAAUUGUUUCAUCAAAACAAGGAACCAAGAAUGAGAGAAGAUAUACCAGUGUUGUUAGCAUCAGCAUGUCAGAUGGUCAGAUAUCUGUAUGAUAUGGCACUCGAUGCAUUUGAAAGACCAUAUCUGGUGGCUAGUGCCAAGAAGAGUGAUUCCCCUUUAACCAAGCGCCACACUGUGUUCCAAGAAAGUCCAUCUGCUUCACCACAAUCCUCACCAAAACUAAAGAGAGCAAGUACAGGCAGUUUAUCUCUACCUGUAAAUGCUGCACACCCAGAAUUCAUCAUCCACGCCGGAGCUGUACUGUCAAUAUUUCAUCUACUUCCUGCCGUAGCUAGUGACAAUGAUAAAUUAUCCAAAGACUUGAAAGUGUUUAUAGCAGGAUUGUUGAAGAAUUUGUUGAGAAAAGAACACAAUCAGCAAGUUAUGUGUGAUGCAGGAUUUCCACAUGAGUUAUUAAGUCAUGGAAAUAUAUCACUGGCAGAUGAAUCACAUCCUCUCCAUCCAUCAUUACAGUAUAUGUUUGAACGUCUAGCAUCUCAAUCACUCACUCCUAGAGAUUUAAGAGACUUCUUGAGAUUAGGGUCACCUCUUAACUGCCGACCAGCAGAUGAAGAUCUUGAACAUUCUGAGAAAGUGAACAAAAGUUGGCCGCUAUCGAGACAUGCUAGUGUUGAGGAGAAGAGAACACCAUUUGAAGUGGAAAGAAAAUUGAAAACCACAGGAUGUCCAGUGCCAUUAACUAGAGUAAAAUGUUUAGUAUCAAUGACAACACCAAAAGAUGCAAGAAUGCAUGGAUCAAGUGUAACUCCAGCAUUUGUUGAGUUUAACAUGAAUGCUGAAGGGUUUGGGUGCUUGUAUUUGCCCAGUAUAGCCCCACAGGGACCACCAACACCUAGUGUAGUCAGUGGGGUUGUAGGUGCAGCAGAUCCAUCAGUUAUAGGAGGCAUUGGGUCAGGAGAAAGAGUGUUCCCACCACAGUCAGGACUAACAUUUUCAUCUUGGUUCUGUGUUGACAAGUUUAGUGUAUGGGGCACUGACCCACACCCGGUUAGGUUGUUUACCAUCGUCCGUAAUCUCCAGGGGCGAGAAGAAAACUUGAUAUGUCUCAGUAUAACUUUAUCACCGAGAGAUAAAUCACUGUAUGUUUGUACACAAGAAACUCUCAUGCCAUCUUCUGCCCCAUCUGAUGAUCUAGGAGAACCAAAGUUAACUGAUAAUUUGGUAAAGUUUUGGCACCAGGACCUUGACCUAGAGGGUCAGUGGCACCAUUUAGUGCUCAUCUUCCAUAGAGCUGGUAUCAUGAAGAACUCAAGUGUCAGUCUGUUUUUGGAUGGGGAGCAUGUCAAUACUCAUAAGUUGCACUAUAUCUCUCCAAACCUCGGGGUAGGAGGCUCAGCAAGUCCAACAGCUUUCACUUCAGUGUUUGGCUAUAUUGGUACCCCACCUCAGUUGAGACGACAGUCUAGGCUUACAUGGAGACAGGGACCAUGCCAUCUGUUUGAAGAUGUCAUUUCAUCAGCUACAGUCAAAAAUAUAUACACUCUAGGACCAACUUAUAUAGGAAGUUUUCAGGCACCAUAUUUAGAAGAUAAAGACAUGCAGGGUCCAUUUAUCAGUGAGGAGAAGCUUGUAUUUGGUGUACAUGCACAUGCUAUGUCACAAAUGACUAUCUCUAAAAUGAGGAAGAUUUAUAACAAAGUUGACAGCAAGUCUAUAGCUAAACAGCUGGCAAUGUCAUCACAUGACAAUGCUACACCAAUCAGAAUACUGCACAACUCAGCUGGACAUCUAGGAGGCUAUGCUAGAUGUCUUGGUGCUAUUCUCAUGGGAUAUCUAGGAGUGCGUACAUUUUGUCCUAUGCCAGUUGCUAAGAUGCUUCAGAAUGUGGGCGGGACUAAGACAUUACUUGGUUUGGUUGCUAUGACAACUGAUGUAGAAGGCUUGUAUGCAGCUGUAAAGGCGUUGGUCUGUGUAAUCAAGAGUAACAAACAGGCUCUUCAUGAUCUGGAUAGAAUCAGUGGCCAUCAGAUUUUAGCCAUGUUGUACAAGAAGAAACAAGGGUUAUUAAACAGUCAUAUUCUACAUCUGACGUUUUCUCUUGUUGGUACAAUAGAUAGUGGGAAAGAAAGCUCUACCAUACCGAACAAAAAGGCAUUUGAGGAUAUACUCUGUGAUCUUGAGGUGUGGCAUGAUGCUCCAUUUGAUCUACAGAGAUCACUGUAUGAACAUUUUUAUGAAUUGCUAACAGAUUCCAGUGACCAGUCCAACAAUUUAAAAUUGAUGCGUGAGAUAGGUCUAGUAUCUAGGUUACUACAUGUGAUGAGAGAUCCUCGUCUCUCACAGUCUACACUAGACACCAUGGCCAGUGUGAUAGGGCUGUUACUGGAAGGUCCACCAGAUUCACAGGCAUUGCUCAAACUUGGUCAGUUUUUGGUAUUCACUAUACCAGAAUCUCACUCAGAAAAGUUAUUGGUCGUAGAAAACCCAUCUACCCCCAGUGGGAAUUACAUCAUUAUAGAAACUGAUGAUCCAGGUGGUCCCUCUAUACAGAAAGUAAGGUUGAGGAAUACAUUGCUGGGUGUUGUACACAGAUUACUCACUCAGAGUUUAUCAUCUCCUAACAACAGUUUUUGUGAAGAGUUACAGAGAGUCCUUGGUUUUGAUUGGAUACUUUUAUUCCUACAAAGUCACAUCCAUUCUACAACAGUGAUUAGAGCUCUCCAGAUACUCUUGGUUAUGUUCAGAAACGCUACCGUUGUUGCACGGUUUAGAGAGGGUCAGUAUGGUGGAGGUUGGUUAAAGGAUACUGAAAUGAUUGUGAAACAACAUUCUGGACCAACUAUGUUGGGCUUCAAUGUACACUCGGGACAUCAUAGUGAGACGAGAGAAGUGAAUCAGGAGAUCUGUCAUGUACCUGGAUUUACUGUAUUACAAUGGCUGUUACCUAAACAUAACAGUGUACCAGAGGUCUAUUUCUUACUAAUGGCAAUGCUUCUUGGUCAACCUGUCCAAACUAUACCUGCAGAUAUUCAGUUGAAUCUUGACUCAGUAUGGACAGUAUUGUUUGGAGCCCCAUUAAGUAAACAGACAGCAACUUUAACAAGAGAUAAGGGUAUACAGCUGUGUUCUGAUGCUGCACUUAUAUUGCUUACUAUGAUCAGAAGUAUGCUUAACCCUGUGUUGGAUCAUGAGGGAGAGAACUGGGCGAGGGAGUAUCCUGUUACAUUGAUACAGUUUUUACUGUUUCUCUACCAUAACCAUUCUGACUUUAUACAACUGUCUACACAGCCAGAUUUUAUAGCUGCCCUGUCUGCUACAUUGUUCCCUUACUUCUCACCAGACUCAGACGAGUGUGUCACCACUCCUGAAGAUGAAUUUAAGCCAUUUCCAGAGAGUGAUGAGAUGGUAUAUGUUAGAUCACCUGAUAGAGAUAGAACAUGUUUUUUGUCGUUACAUCCAGCUAGGAAGUUUGUUAUAGAUUUUCUAAAGACUAUUGUUAUAGACAGUAUGUCACAGCCAAUGUCCACAAAAUCAGCUUCAGUUAUAGAUAUUAUGUUAGAGGCUACACCUGAGCAUGCAACUCGUGCCCAGCAAAGAGAAUAUCAGACACAGAUGUUGAAGAACAUCAUGGACCAUCUGGUUGCUGUUGAUGUGUUGCUAGGAGACCAGGCAGCAGUUCCUAUCAUGGCUGGUGGAAGUUUUUCUAACUUAGCUAGCAGUGUGUUCUAUUUUACUAGUAGAGUCGUAGAUAAACUCUGGCAAGGAGUGUUUACAAGGGAAACAAAGGAAAUAUUUGACUUCAUAAGCAAACUGAUUUCCCAGGCAAAAAGAAAAUCAUCAGGCCUGUCCCUGGAGUCUGUGUACAAGUCAUUGAACCGUACAAUCCUGUUCCAGUUGUCUAGACCUGUAGAUAAUGUAGCUGGUCAGACACAGGUGCUAGACUCACUCCACAAACUGACCAACAAUAGAAGCCUGGUGUUUGGACCUAAUAACUAUGAUCAGGAGUUUCUAGGUUGUCUUUGUUACUGCUUACUGAACCUGACAGAUGAUACUGCCAAUAGCUACACCAAUUUAAAAGAGGAGCAACCUAUUCAGACAACAUGGCACCUGAGUUUGGAUACGGGAGGAGAGGGGUCACAGUCUGACUCUCCCAGUAAACGAGGUAGAGCUUCAACUGAAGGUUUGUUCCUCGUCUCUAAGGCAGCUAAACGUGUCUGGGAGGAGCUUUAUGUCCAUAAAAAACCUGUACUGGAAGAGCUAUUUAGGACACAAAUGAACAACAAAGAUCUGGCAAAAACAGCUGAUUUUACUGCCCCUGACCUUCAUUCUGUCAGACCAGUAAUUCAGGAACAUGCAUCACGUAUUUGGGUUGUUUAUGCUGAAAAUGAACGCAAGGGAGCAUACACAAUGAUUGAAAAAGUUCCACCACAAAUCAAGACUAUACAGAUGAUGAGCAGUAAGGUACUGAGUUUUGCUACAAGGAAGGCAAAAAGAGAACUUCCCCUUAAAUCAUCUCCAACUACCACAUUCCAUCCACAUGAUUAUAUGAUGUGGUCAUUGGACCAUUUAUUACUGGUGAAAGAUCUAGUUGAGCUACAGCACAGACAAUAUGUACAAACACAGGAAUAUAUGGACAGAUAUUUGACAGAAGAGUGGACAGAAAUGGAGCAUGAAUUGUUACGUGAGAGAGGACUAUGGGGACCUAUAGUUGGAUCUAGGCUAGAUAAAUGGAUGCUUGAUAUGACUGAAGGUCCAUUCCGUAUGAGAAAGAAGAUGGUGAAGAACAAUAUGUUCUAUGUACAUUAUCCAUACAGACCUGAUAUGAGCAAUAGUCCAUUGAAAUACAAGGUACCAGUUAGUAAUGACAGUAAGGCGUACUAUUUACAAUACCGUCCACAAAGUUUAUUUGGUGAGGAUGUACUUCCUAUCAAACUUGGUACAGAGGAACUGCCCUCUAUUGAUUCAGAGGUGGAAGAAAGAUCACCAGAAGAUAUUAUGAAGAUUCCAAAGUUGCUACCAAAGAAGAUACAGAAACCAAUGCCAGAGAGUAAUGAUGAUGAUGAUGAUGUUGAUGUAGAGAAAGUAGACCAGUCUGAUACACAAGAGAGUUUAGAUAACCAGUCUGAAACUGUUCAAGAUACAUCACAGAAGAAGGGGGAUAACCAGGCUAUAUUGAGGUUACUUGGAGAAGGGGAAAAGAUAUCACAUAUGUUCCGUCUAGCAAGGAUUCAAGGUCUAGAGACAGCAGAAGGACUGUUGAUGUUUGGCAAAGAACAUUUCCAUAUUAUAGAUGGCUUCACUUUACUAGCAACUAAAGAGAUCAAAGAUAUAGAUACCUUACCUGAUGACCUACAUGAACCAAUCAUCCCAAAGGCACCAAAGAAUCGGAAAAAGACGUACAGCAAGUUUGCGUAUGAGGAUAUCCGUGAAGUACAUAAACGUAGAUAUUUGUUACAGCCCAUAGCUAUAGAGGUGUUCUCUUCUGAUGGUAGAAACUAUCUACUAGCUUUUCCUAAGAAAGUCAGAAAUAAAGUUUUCUCCAAGUUUAUGACAGUUGCUACAGCUAUUACAGAUAGUGCUCAUCUCUCAGUGUCCGGACAGAAACAAAAUGCCAGGAUAGAAGCUGGAACUGGUCUAAUCAGCAGCUUAAUAGGGGAAAAGUCAGUGACACAAAGAUGGGAGAGAGGAGAGAUCAACAACUUCCAGUAUUUGAUGCAUCUGAACACACUAGCUGGAAGAUCAUACAAUGAUUUGAUGCAGUAUCCUGUCUUUCCAUGGAUUGUUGCCGACUAUGAUUCUGAGGAGUUAGACCUUUCCAAAGCUGAGACAUUCCGGGAUCUUUCUAAACCAAUGGGAGCACAGACUCCGGACAGACUAAAACAUUUCAAGAAAAGAUUUCAGGAUUGGGAUGAUCCACAAGGUGAGACACCACCAUACCAUUAUGGAACUCACUAUUCCUCAGCUAUGAUAGUGGCCUCGUACCUAGUUAGACUGGAACCAUUUACUCAAACAUUCCUUAACUUACAGGGUGGUCACUUUGAUCUGGCAGACCGGAUGUUUCACAGUGUUAAAGAGAAUUGGCUAUCAGCCUCCAAAAACAACAUGGCUGAUGUGAAAGAACUAAUACCUGAAUUCUUUUACCUACCUGAAUUCUUGAUUAAUGAUAACAACUUUGACUUAGGAUGUAAGCAGAGUGGUGUACAGUUAAAUGAUGCAGUAUUACCACCAUGGGCUAAAGGUGAUCCAAGAGAGUUUAUACGAGCUCAUCGAGAGGCAUUAGAAUCUGACUAUGUAAGUUCCCGACUUCAUGAAUGGAUUGAUCUGAUAUUUGGAUGUAAGCAACAAGGUCAGGCAGCAGUUGAUUCUGUCAAUGUAUUCCAUCAUCUGUUCUACGAGGGGAAUGUUGAUAUUGACAGUAUAGAUGACCCGCUGAAGAAAAAUGCCACCAUUGGCUUUAUCAACAACUUCGGACAGAUUCCAAAACAGAUUUUCCGUAAAGCUCAUCCACAGAAGAAGUUAAGUCUACGAGGGGUGGAGCUUUCAUCUUACCCAGCUGAUAGAUUGUUCUUCCAUAAUGUUGAUAAUCUCAAACCUUGUAUGCAACCUGUCAAAGAGUUAAAGAGUGCUGUAGGUCAGAUGAUGCACACUGACCGCUAUGUCCUGGCUGUAGAACAGAACAAAGUUCUUAUACCUACCAACUAUAACAAAUAUCUCGCCUGGGGAUUCUCAGAUCUCAGUGUCAGGAUAGGAAACUAUGAAUCUGAAAAGGCAACAUCAAUAUUUGAAGGUUUAGAUAAUGGUGAAAUAUUGUGUGCUGCUUGUCCAAACUCCAAGGUGUUUAUAACUGGUGGAACAAGUUGUGUUGUGAAUGUGUGGGAACAGAAUAUGAAGGAUAAACGUGUAGACCUGAAACAACCUCUGUAUGGUCAUAUAGAACCUGUAACUUGUGUAGCUGCUAGUGCAGGAUAUAACUUUAUUGUGAGUGGGUCACGUGACAGGACAUGUAUAAUCUGGGAUCUCUGUAAACUUGUCUAUGUUAGACAACUACGUGGACAUACUGCUCCUGUGGCCGCUGUCUGCAUUAAUGAACUCACGGGUGAUAUAGCAUCAUGUGGAGGUACAUAUCUACAUGUGUGGAACAUAAAUGGGGAAGAAAUAGCCUGUGUAAAUACAGCAUCUGUCAGAAAUCAUCAGAUACUGUGUGUAGCCAUGUCUCAGUUAAUGGAAUGGGACAGUAGAAAUGUGAUACUGACAGGGAGUAGUGAUGGUGUUGUCAGGAUGUGGAGUGUGGAGUAUGUACAAGUACCUGAUGAAACCCAAUUAGUCAUACCAGAGAAAUCCACACCACUGGCAGGUAACUCUGCUGGUACUGUUGAUGUAUCUGGAAUUACCUCCCCUGAAUCUAGUCAACCUGAAGAUAUUCCAUAUCGUAGAAAGCGCAGUGUAUCAUGUGAUAGUUAUGAUGAAGAUAACCAAAGUGCGGCAGACAGAUUGCAAGACUUUAAAGACCCUGAUCAUUUGACUUCAAAGCUUGUUGAAUUAGGUUCAUCAGCUGACAGUAAUAGUCAUUUUAUGUCAAAAGUGUUAGAAAAACUUGAAGGUACAGGAAAACCAGGCCGGGAAUCUCAAGGUGCAAUAGAUAGAAAUAUCAGCACAUCCAGUAGUAUAAGUGACCUAUACACUGGUGAGGAAGUUGUUGGUACUGAUGCUGAACUGAACAGGGAUGGAGAGGUGCAAAGUUUAAAAUCUGCUGGUAGUAUGUCUGUCUCUUCUGCAAUGGAGGCAACAGAAGGUCUGGACCAUGUAAUAGAUGCUGAUGAUAAGGUUCAAACUGGACAUAUAGGACACAGUGUUAGUCAUCCAGAUAUAAAAGAGGUGGUGGAUUCUGACAAUAAGAGGUCGUUGUCACUGGAUACAGAGAACAAGAGGUCACUCUCAUCAGAAUUUGAAGUCAUCUCUGAAAAAGAAAUUAAAAAUGCUACCUCAGCAGAUGAUAUUUUGAAAAAAUACAGCAAAAAGAGAACAAAAAAUACUUUAAGAGAUGGAUUCCGAUGGCAGAGACAGUUGGUGUUCCGUAGCAAGUUGACAAUGCAUACAGCAUUUGAAAGGAAAGAUAACAAGGACCCUGCUGCUGUUACUGCAGUUGCUAUAUCUAGGGACCACAAGACAGUGUAUGUUGGUGAUGCAAAAGGUAGAAUCUUCAGUUGGACAGUGACUGACCAGCCAGGUCGUGUUGUAGCUGACCACUGGAUGAAGGAUGAUGGUGCUGAGACAUGUCAAGAUUGUCAUGUUAGAUUCACAUUCUCUGAGAGAAGACAUCACUGUAGAAAUUGUGGACAAGUUUUCUGCUCAAAAUGCAGUAGGUAUGAAACAGAAAUUAGAAGGUUACGCAUCAGGAAACCAGUGAGAGUGUGUAAAGAUUGUUACAGGAAAAUUAAAGAUCAACAUACAUUUGUUACAGAAACAAGGAAGUAAAUCAAGCCGUGUAUACACAUUCCCAAAUGGAUUUCGUAGACUUGUGACAAUCUUAAUUGAUUUGUGUUAGAACUUAUAAGCAAAAGUAUUGUUGAUAUAAAGAGGUGAUAUAAUACAAUAGGUCUCAAAAAAUUGUAUGCAAUUUAUUGUCUGAAAGCUUUAUUGUGAGUAAAUAAGAAGUCUGGUUUAAAGCAGAAAAUUGUUUGAGUCAUUUAAUACCUAAAUGAACUUGAACAAACUUAUGCCAAGAUUAUAGAACAAGUCGUUUUCGCCAUUUGGUAGAAUGGUUUACCCAGAACAAAGGUUAAAUACCAAGGAUGGUAGUGUUCAGUAGGUCCUCGAACAAAAGUGUGAUUGGCCUAAGUGUAUUAAGCUUUAAAUAAAACAGAUGAUAUUUAUACUUUAUGUAUAAAUAUUGGGUUAUUGUUCUAUAAACUUCUUCUAGUAAUCUGUUAAAAGAUUUUUUUCUUAUUUCAUUGAUAUACUCGCACAUAAUUUAUUCAUAGUGAUGCGCUACUUUCUGUGUUAAGAUAUUGUUUUGUAUUUUACUAUAUGUUGUUUUCUGUUAUAUAUUAACUGGGUAUGAUGCAAAAAUUUACCAGAUUUCCAAUAUUUAUGUUUGCAAAGCUGUACAUAUAUGUCUAAUGUUUAUGUUUUAGGGCAUUUCUCUAAAUUUAUUUGUCAAUGAAAUUUUUUUCAUCUGUAGUUACUGUACAUACAUAUAAGUGUUGAUAAAAAGUAUACAUUGUUUUGUGACAUUCUCCUUUAUUUAUGAAAUAAAAACAAGUGUUCAAAUAAGAAAGUAAUUGUAAUUGUUUCUUCUUUGCUUAAAAAGGUGAUUUUAUUGGUAAUGAUGAAAGCAGAAAACAAACAGAACAGCAGGAAAAAAACCUGAAAUACACCAAGUUAGUUUAAAUUUAAAGCUAUUGAAGACUGUAGUCAACUUUUAGCUAAUAACCAGAUUUACAUAAUGAAAUCCUUAACAUUCCAGAGGCUUGUGUUCAUUCUAUAUGUCUAUAUUUUAUCUAUGUAUAUCAUUGUCUAUAUAUAUAUAGGAUACUUAUAGCUAGGUUGUACUCUUUAUAAAUGUUCUUGUUCCUGAAUUUGAUAAAAAAAAUUAAAUUGAAGAAAUAUAUAUUCAUAACUCUAGUCAAUCUUAAGCCAGUUACUACAGCUCAAAAUUCUUUACAUUCUCUUAUCAUAUUUAUUAACAAAAAUAAAGGCAUUGAAAUAUUCUUCUUUUAGCUGUUUGUGAUAUCCUGGUUUUAUUUCCAAUGGUCCUGCUGUGAGCUUUAUGUAAGAAUACUUUAUUUUUUCUGUAUUAAUGUACAAAUUUAGUUUAUAAUUCCUGAUAUACAUGUAUCUAUGAAAUUAUAUAUACAGGUAUUCCUUGAACAAAACCUCUUCCAGCACUGUAAAAUGUAUAUACUAGUACAUGAUAUUGUAAAUAUACAUGUAAAUGAUCAUCUAUUAAUAGUAUCAUUGUGCAAUAUAAAUAAAGUCACUCUGUUGUAAUGUCACUUGUUAACAUACAUAUAUGUAACCACAAAAUAUAUGCUUGUCUUUCUUUUGUAUUUUUGUAAACCUGUUAGGGUAUAUUCAAUUGCAUACACAUUUGUGUACUGUAUAAUAAUAGUGUAUUUAACAUAUGCAGUUGUGUUUAUAACAUCAACAGCUAGGAUAAAAUGCUAUGUUCAUAUUAUAUUAAUAAAUUAUUUAAUCUUUUGUUUAUCAAAGUCAUAUCUGACUCAAAAUGGAUAUUUCUAUCUACAAAUGUAUUUAAAUAUGUUUAGAAUAUGUGAGUAUUGAAGCAUAUACUGCUAGAACAAGGUUGUAAAUACCAAGGAUAGUAGUAUUUAGUAGGUCCUAUAGUGAACUAUGAUUAUCACCUGCAGUUGUAUACCUGUAUGUAAACACAGGCAUAAUGUUCGGUCAAGUCUGAUUUAAUAACCAAGUAGACCUCUGUUCAAUUAUGUGCAAUUUAUUUUGAUCCAAAAGUUGAUACUGUCAUGUUGGUUUUUUAUCCAACAGUUGAUACAGAUAUGUUUUUUUUAUCCAAAAGUUGAUGCAGUUAUUGGCUUAAUGGCUUUAUGGUGUCAUUUAUUAUGGCAUAGACUUGAUAAUUCAUGUAAAAACCAAGGAGAAGCAUACCGGUCAUUCUUUAAAUUCCUACAAUAGCUUUAGUUUCAAGUUUAUUUGCUUAUGCCAUUAUUUUCAUUAACAAUUUGAGAUAAAAGGCAAUGGAGUUUUUAUUAUACCCCCGCACAACAAAGUUGUAAGGGGGGUAUACUGGAAUCAGCUUGUCCGUCCGGCUGUCCGUCCGUCCGGCCGUCCGUCCGUCGGUUUUUUCUUGUCCGCCCAAUAACUUAAGAUUCCUUUGACCCUUAGUCUUCAUAUUUGGCAUGGAGGUUAGUCAUGAUUAGUAGAUGACCCCUAUUGAUUUUGAGGUCACUAGGUCAAAGGUCAAGGUCACAGGGGCCUUGACUUCAAAAAGCUUGUCCGCCCAAUAACGUAAGAUUCUUUUGACCUACAGUCGUCAUAUUUGGCAUGGAGGUUAGUCAUAAUAAGUAGAUGACCCCUAUAAUUUUGAGGUCACUAGGUCAAAGGUCAAGGUCAAAGGGGCCUUGACUUCAAAAAGCUUGUCCGCCCAAUAACUUAAGAUUCCUUUGACCUACAGUCUUCAUAUUUGGCAUGGAGGUAAGUCAUGAUUUGUAGAUGACCUCUAUUGAUUUUAAGUUCACCAGGUCAAAGGUCAAGGUCACAGGGGCCUUGACUUCAAAACACUUGUCCGCCCAAUAACUUAAGAUUUCUUUGACCCACAGUCUUCAUAUUUGGCAUGGAGGCAAGUCAUGAUUAGUAGAUGACCCCUAUUGACUUUGAGGUCACCAGGUCAAAGGUCAAGGUCACAGGGGCCUUGACUUCAAAAAGCUUGUCCGCCCUAUAACUUAAGAUUCCUUUGACCCACAGUCUUCAUAUUUGGUAUGGAGGUUAGUCAUGAUUAGUAGAUGACCCCUAUUGAUUUUGAGGUCAAAGGUCAAGGUCACAGGGACUUUGACUUCAAAAAGUUUGUCUGCCCAAUAACUUUAGAUUCCUUUGACCCACAGUCUUCAUACUUGGCAUGGAUGUUGAUCAUGAUUAGUAGAUGACCCCUUAUGAUUUUGAGGUCACUGGAUCAAAGGUCAAGGUCAUAGGGACUUUGACUUCAAAAAGUUUGUCCACCCAUUAACUUAAGAUUCCUUUGACCCACAGUCUUCAUAUUUGGCAUGGAUGUUGAUCAUGACUAUAAGGUGACCCCUAUUGAUUUUGAGGUCACUGGGUCAAAGGUCAAGGUCACAGGGACCUUGACAAAAAAAAAAGCUUUUCUUCUUAAUUGCUAAAGAAUGUCCUGUCCGCAAUGUAUUGAUUUUGACAUUUUCACAUUUGAAGCAUGUAGAAUACAUAACUUAGCAAUGCACUGGCUUAGUAACCUCAGAUUUGGCAGGGAGGUUGUCCUUGAGCUCUAAAUGGCCACUGUUGAUUCUGAUUCUGACAAAGUGGUAUGCGGGGGUAUUCACGCCAUGAUAGUGGCAGUUCUAGUUUUUCUUGCAGAUUUUUUCUGCACAAGUAAGCACUGUUUGUGUUACAUUAAUUGAUAAUUAUUAUAUGUAGAGAUGAAUAAUUCACAGUGACCUUUGAUGUUACAUAAUUGUUGAUAAAGUUGCUGUAAUUAAGUCAUGUGUGUAUAUUAUUGAAUGUGGAAUAUGUACAUGGGCCAUAUGAAACAUUCCUUAUAACUUGCAUAAUUUUACAUGUAACAGUGUGUUCAGAUUUACAGAUAUCUGCACAUUUUAUUGUUUCUUUAAUGUAUGUGUUUUGAUAAUUUUAGGGUGAAUUUAAAGGGAAUGCUUCUUUCAGCCAAAAAUUACUUGUGCAUUUAAAUGCUUUGGUAAAGGAGGCAUUUACAAAUAUUACAUCUGCUAUAUUUAAAUAUGAUGAAUAAUUCAAGAAUGUAAGUUUGGACAAAUCCUAGUUUAAAGUGAAUUGGUCUAUAAUUGAAGGUCUUUAAAACAAUAAAUGUAUAAUAAAUAGAAAUCAAUAAUAUUGAGUAUCAGACAUAACAAAAACACAAAAGAAUUAUGUAUGUAUGACAAAUGUUUGCUUAUGUCAGAAACAUAAUUUGUUAUAAUGUAUAUUUAUAUAGCAGAUAAUAAAAUUAUUAUUCAUUAUCAUACAAAAUCAUUUAGAACUUUUUCAACAUUUUUUCAAGCAAUAUUUUAUAGGAAAACCAAAUGAUACAUUUCUAUUGUUUUUAUCAAUAUUUGAAAUACUUGUGGAAAAUGUACCCAUUGUAGACCAAUCCACUUUAAGAAUGAUAUAUUAGUAUAAAUUAUACUGUUGUAUGAUCAGUGUAUCUUGUUCAGGUAAUUAAUGAACAAAUACAUGUCUUGUAUACUUUACUACUUGAAAAAAUACCUAAUAAAGAAAUAAAUGUUAAGAUAUUACAUAAAACGUUCUUCAUGUGAACUGAAUAUUUGAAUACAUUCGCUAGUAUUCCAGGGCAAUGAUAUUUUUAGUCAUAUAUGAUGCCUGCAGUCUUUCUUCCAGGGCUAUAUUUAAUUAUUAAUGAAUGGAUAAGUUAGAAUGUGAUCUACUAUUCUGUUUUAAACUGUUCAAUGUACAGCAGCUGUUUAGCUAUACAUGAUGAAACUUGAUUUAUAAUAUACCAGAAAAUUAUUAUCUGAUAUCAACUGCUUGUAUUACAUGAAACAAAUGUGACCAAACAGAAAGGAAACCAUGUAUUGCAUCAAAGUUUAAUCUUCUAUGAAGUCAGGACUUGAAUUUCUGCCUGAAAUUUAAUGACAUGUAUAAUAAAUAAAAUAAUUUAAUCUUGUAUUGUAUUUGGCUCUCAUUGAUUUUACUAGACUAUAUUACACUUGAUGUUUUGUUUAGUGCUACCUAAAAAUAGUCACUUGAGCAAAAUAUAAAUCCAGGAUUUUCUUAUUAUUACCAUUUUGUUGCAUUUUAAGGCAUGUAGAACUUAAAUUCUUUGUACUUAAUUGUAUAGGUUUAUAAUGUUGAAGAUAAUAAAUAAAAGCAAGUUUUUCCUGUAAUUUAAUGGAAUUAUAAUUUGUAUUGAAGUAUACACUGAUAAGUGUUGAUAAAAUUUCAAAGCAGGUAUAGCUGUGAUUACCUACAUGUUAAAUGUUAGUUUGCUUAUUGUCAUUAAGUAUACAAAAAAAUCUGGAAAAAAAAAUAAAGCAAAAUAAUGACAGUC